UUCUGUUUUGGGGGAAGUGAAAGGGAAAGUUGAUAACCUGAAAACUGCGCGGGCAUGCGCAAUGAAAAACUUAGUCGUACGAUGCGGCUGCCAUGGUCUGAUCCCGGAGUGUACACCGUAGUAGCGAUCUCACUGCGGUGCUUUUACAAUAAAGUACUUAACUUAUAGACAAUCUAUUUAUAGUUAAAAUACUGUGAUCAUAGCAAGAGUAGUCAAAAUAUAAUAAGUAACGCUGUAGAUAUAGGUCGACUUUAUUUCAAAUGGUAACAGAAAAUAGUACAAUCGAUUUCACGUGUACAUAAACAAUUUCUUGUUAGAUUGUUUUAGGCAGUUUUAUCGGAGAAAAUGGGUUGUGUGUAGUGAAUUUUUAGAACGAAUCCAGCUCUAGUGACUCGGUACGGAGAGCGGCGGUGGUGAAUGAAUCCGGUCCUGCAUGAUGUCAAAAUUGAGCGAGAUCGACCAGUACCUAUGGAUGGUUGGAGGAUCAGCCGGCGCGCUGGCGCUGACAGGCGUCGCGGCCGCGUCGGCCUUCUACCUCAGCACCCGGCCCAAGCCAGAGAAGCCCCUCGUCACGCUGCACGAGCAGAGCCUACUUGAACCGGGUCCAGAAAUGGUCCGAGUGUCAAAAUUCUACAAAGAAGCAAAAAAUGGUCGAUAUCUCCGUUACCUUCACGAAGAUACGCGUACUCUGUACGAAACUUUUCGCCGAGGAGUUAAAGAAUCAAAUAAUGGCAACUGCCUCGGUUGGAGGGAAAGUCCAAAUAAGCCUUACGUGUGGCAGAACUACAAUGAGACCCUGCUGCGAGCGAAAAACUUUGGAUCAGGACUUUUAUGUCAAGGUCUUACACCGGGACAAAACACAUUUAUAGGUAUAUACUCACAGAAUUGUCCAGAAUGGAUCAUGACAGAACAAGGUGCCUAUUGUUAUUCAAUGGUCAUAGUGCCACUGUACGACACGUUAGGAGCCAACGCAUGUGCCUUUAUUGUUAAUCAGACUGACAUGUCGCUCGUCGUUUGCGAGGACGACAAGAAAGCGAACCUCCUGCUCGACCAGGCGCCGCGGUGCCUGCGGAAGCUCAUCACCAUCAAGGAGGUGUCUCCCUCCACCCACCAGCGCGCCAAGAGUCGCGGCGUCGAGAUCAUCAAGUUCAGCGACGUCGAGUUCCAGGGGGCGCAGAAAGAUCACCCGUGUGUCCCGCCGAAACCUGAGAGCCUCUGCACGAUUUGCUACACGUCCGGCACGACGGGCAUGCCCAAGGGCGUGAUGCUCACCCACGAGAACGUGGUAGCGUCCAUGUGCAGCGUCAUCAUGCAGCUCGGCGAGCACCGGCCCGCCAAGACCGAUGUUAUGAUCUCCUUCCUGCCGCUCGCGCAUAUGCUGGAGCGAUGUUGUGAGAACGCUCUAUACAUGGUAGGAGGUGCUGUAGGCUUCUACAGCGGCGACAUCAGGCGGCUCGCCGACGACCUGCAGUGCCUGAAGCCCACGAUGAUGCCCGCGGUGCCGCGCCUCCUCAACCGCCUGUACGACAAGGCCCAGUCCGAGAUCUCCAGCUCCAAGAUCAAGAAGAUGCUCUUCAACAUGGCUUUGUCUGCGAAGGAAUCAGAGUUGAAGAGGGGCAUCAUCCGCGGGGACUCCAUCUGGGACAAGCUGGUGUUCCGCAAGGUGCGCGAGGGCAUGGGCGGGCGCCUGCGCAUCAUGGUGGUGGGGUCGGCGCCGCUCGCAGGCAACGUGCUCACCUUCGCGCGCUGUGCCCUAGGCUGCCUGAUCGUGGAAGGCUACGGCCAGACAGAAUGCACCGCGCCGGUGACUCUAACCGUUCAGGGCGACCACGUGCCUGAACACGUUGGGCCUCCCGUCGCUUGUAACAAAGUGAAGCUUGUGGACGUGCCCGAAAUGGAGUACUACGCGGCGCAGGGGCACGGCGAGGUGUGCGUGCAGGGCGCCAACGUGUUCAAGGGCUACUUCAAGGAGCCCGAGAAGACCGGCGAGGUCAUCGACCACGACGGCUGGCACCACACCGGCGACAUCGGCAAGUGGCUGCCGAAUGGCACCUUGAAAAUCAUUGACAGGAGAAAACACAUUUUCAAACUGUCACAAGGCGAAUACAUAGUUCCUGAGAAAAUAGAAAAUAUUUACAUAAGAAGUCAAUAUGUCGAACAAAUAUUUGUUCAUGGAGAAUCAUUGAAGUCAUGCAUAGUGGCGAUCGUGGUGCCCGACGUGGACGUGGUGAAGUGCUGGGCGCUGGAGCGCGGCAUCAAGGGCACGUUCUCGGCGCUCUGCGAUAACCCCACCGUCAAGAAGAUGAUCCUCGACGACAUGCUGCAGUGGGGCCGCAACGCUUCGCUCAAGACCUUCGAGCAGGUAAAGGACAUCUACCUGCAUCCAGAUCCAUUCUCAGUGCAAAACGGCCUACUGACCCCCACCAUGAAGGCGAAGAGGCCAGAGAUCAGGAACUACUUCAAACCCCAGAUAGAGGACAUGUACAAACAGCUCGAAUAACACUAGCAUACACUAGGUAAUUAUGUUUAUCACAAACUAUUUGUGACGUUGCAGCUACACUGGGCUGUUUUAAUAAAAUAGACGAGUUUGAUAAUAAAAUAAAAAUAAAGAUAUUAUUAGACGUAAGUAAACACACCGCUAAGUACAUCUAUUUUAUUAAAAUAGUCCAGGUCAUUAGACUAAACUGUGAUGUAUAACAUCACUAUACUCUUUAGUAUCCUAUCACAGUACAAUGUGUUCUUUAUAAUUUAUAAUUUAAGUCACUUUUCACUUUCUUAAUAAUAUCGUUUUACUCUUGAUAAGCGUAAAUCAGAAUGGCGGUGUCAUGGAAUAGUGUUGUGGCAGUAUUUAAUGCAAUUUUUUUAAACUACUUCGAAAUGAUCACGAGGUACUUAGUCAAAAACAAUUCACUUAGGCAAAAUUAAGAAAUUUUAAGCCAAUGUAGGUCCUGAUAGUUUGUUAGUUACGUAACAUCUGCUUUCCUUUUGAUAGCAAUAAUGAGGAGCGUUGUGCCUCGGACAGUCAAUUAACGUCUUUCAUCGCUUUUGUAUUUUUCUGGUGAACUGAAAACACAAGCAAAUCCAGUAAAGACUAGUGCAUACUCAAAAU